AUGUAUAAGUGUUUGAAGAGUGAGCAACUCUGCUACAAAAUGCCGCUUUACAAUCUCUUUAUCCUUUCGUCGAUCCUGCUUUCGUCAGGUCAUGCUGUUGAUUUCUACACCAAUUUCGAACUGACCAGCAAACCCGGCAGCAAUCCUGAAAAGGAAAAGGCUCUCCGGGAAAGUUUCGAAAAGUAUUUCCAAGAGAACUGCACAGGUUUCAAGAUGGCGGCUAAAAAUUUGACCUACGAUGCUUCAGUAGUAAAAUAUUUGGACUAUUCGUGGUCGAAACCUUUCCCUCUAGCUCGUACAUUCUACUCGUUCGUCAGCUACUACCCAGUAACAUCAAAAAGUUGGCCCGAAAUAGGAAAAGAGCACGUCAAUUACAUCACUAGUUAUCACCGUUCUGGUAAGAAGAAUGAAACCUGUCAGGGCAAAUUUUUGGGUGAUAGGGAUAGUAACUACUGGUACUGGCCCGGACCACCGAUUUUAUAA